UCUCUCAUACACUGAUCUACGUGCCUGCGUUGCUGGGUAGAUAAAACAAAAACAACAGGGUUCGUGUCAGAGUUUGAAGCUUAGACACAACAGACGGUCAGUACGUUUAUUGUCUCACUUGAAAUCCUUUAGUUUUUUUGUGCACGGAGAAUCUCUUUUCUACUGUGAAACAUGGCAACUGACUGCGAGGCCUGGCUGAACGCAAACCCUGUCGAGGCAGGGGACCUGAGUGACUCCUUUGCAUCUGGAGACGAAGAAAAUGGUGCACCAGUUAUCGCCAACAAAAACAUCAACAAUGAGAUCAAUGGCAACUGGCUGUCCUCGUCUAGCAACAGCAUCCACGAGGCGCGUCUCAAGGCGAAGGCCAAGCGGAGACUGAGGAAGAACUCCUCUCGGGACUCUGGCAGGGGGGACUCUCUCAGCGACAACGGGGAUGUGGUCAGGGGAACCUCGGUGGCACCCACCAGCCCCAAGAGCAAGCUGCUAGACAGAAAGUCCCGAUUGGGCAAGGGAAGAGGUCUGCCAAAAAAAGGUGGGGCUGGAGGGAAAGGUGUAUGGGGCAGAUCAGGUGAAGUUUAUGAACCGGAGGCAGUAGAUGAGAAAGACCCCAACUAUGACGAAGCUCAGGAAAACUGUGUGUAUGAGACUGUGGUUCCCCCGCUGGAUGAGAGGGACUUUGAGAAGACAGUCACCCCCAUAGUGCAAGAGUACUUUGAACAUGCAGAUACAAAUGAAGUAGCGGAGCUGCUUGCAGAACUGAACCUGGGACCCAUGCGGAGCGAGGUACCCUCGCUGGCUGUGUCGAUGGCCCUGGAGGCCAAAGCCAGCCAGCGGGAGCUCACUUCCAGACUGCUGGCUGACCUGUGUGGGUCCAUUCUGUCCCGCAGUGACAUGGAAAAAUCCUUCGACAAACUGCUCCGAGAGCUGCCCGACCUUGUCCUGGAUACACCCGGAGCCCCGCAGUUGGUGGGCCAAUUCAUUGCACGCGCUGUUAGCGACCAAAUAUUGUCCAAGAGCUACAUCGAGGGCUACAAAGGCAGAGUUGACUGUGAAUACACAAGGGCAGCACUAGACCGGGCAGCGGUGCUGCUGAAGAUGAGUCUGGGUGGCUUACGCAUAGACAACCAGUGGGGGACAGGCGGGGGCCAGAGACCUGUCACACAGCUCAUCAAAGAGAUGAACCUGCUGCUUAAGGAGUACAUCCUAUCUGGAGACAGCAAGGAGGCUGAGAGAUGUCUGAGAGAUCUGGAGGUUCCCCAUUUCCACCACGAGUUUGUCUAUGAGGCGAUCGUGAUGGUGUUGGAGUCCAAAGGAGAGAAAACAUUCAAAAUGGUUCUGCAGCUACUCAAGUCUCUCUCUGCAUCCUCUGUCAUCACUGUGGACCAAAUGAGAAGGGGCUAUGGAAGAGUUUAUAUGGACAUUGCUGAAAUCAACAUUGAUGUCCCUCGUGCAUACUUCAUACUGGAGCAGUUUGUUGAUAAGAGCUUCAGUAUGGGAAUCAUUGAUGUGAAGUUAAGGGAUCUUUGUCCUUGUCGGGGCCGGAAGAGAUUUGUCAGCGAGGGAGAUGGUGGUGUUGUCAAAGUUGAAAGCUACUGAGGAGCUCUUUUUAUGUGCCAGAUUUCCGGAAAAGAAGAGCUACUUUUUUACUUGCAUAUUUCUCAGAAUAGUCAGGUACAUUUUUCCCCUUCUAACAGUCAAAAGAAUGUACGUUUCUGAAAUGGAGGUGAGGUACAAAAAAACAAAACAAAAAAAAACUGCACUUUUGAUUGAAACUGAAGUAGAUCGCUUUCUCCAAGGUGUUUCAGUAUAAAUAUUUACAUAAGCUAACCCUUAAAGUGCCACACCUCUCUGUGUCAGUCAUUCUGUGUUGUUUUGUACAGUAUUUUCUUGAUUUCACUGCCACUCCUUUUGUGUUUUCUAGAAAGCAGUGUUUGUACAGAGAUGACUGGUUUUGUGUCAAGAGCUUUAUAAAGGGGUAUAAAAAAAAUAAAGGGGAGCAUGUUGGUUAAAUGCAAUACUGCCUCCCUAACUAGCUGCUGUUUCUAUGCUUUGCUUGACAUUUUGUUUUUCUUUUUACCCUUUAAAAUUACACAAAGAUGUCAUUAUUGAAGGUGUCGAGACAUAAGUACAGUGCAAAAACAAAUACCAGUCGGGUAACUUCACAAAAUGGUGUUUAGAGUGUUUAUUUUUAUAUCUGGGGGAUACUGGUGUGUGAAAUGUACCAUGUAUUGCUCCUUGUUUGUUCAUUAAAAUCACUGUUAAAUAA